AUGGACAGUGACACACUAUUGCAACAUGUUAUCUCUGUAGAGAGACGGGCGGAAGAUAUCUUGGCUGACAAGCAGCAAGUGGUAGAUCUCGACCGUAAACGCAAUGCCAACAGGGAGGCCCUAAGGGCCCUAAAACGUUCCACUGACACGAAAACUUGGACUUGCUUUGGAAACACGUUCAUCAAAUUCUCUAACAGCGAUGUUGAUCGCAUGUUGAGACGAGAUCAGGAGACGCUAAACAGUGAGAUUACGGCUUUGCGCGACGCACUACCUACCAAGGUGAAUGAACUCAGAGAGAUGGAAGGAAAGGCUGAUGCCCGAUCCUUUGCACGUCUCAAGGCAUUGAGCAGAGAGGAAGUUGAGAGUUUAUUAUCUAAACAAGAUUCUCAGUACUAG